AUGCCUGGGAUCUUUCUCCGCAGGAAAAAAAGGAGCGCACGGCGGCCUCUGAAGAGUUUCUGGCGACCUCCGGAGCUUUUCCUUGGGCAAAGAUGCGCCCUGGCUGGCGCGGACGCCGUGCGCUUUUGCUCGCCGCCGCCUAAUGGAAACCGGGCUCUCGGCUUUCCGCAAAAAAGAGAGAAAUGCACACCUCCCCUUCUCUGUGGAUGUGGAAGUAAACAGACUGUCAGCGUGUUCAUUUCGAGAAAGGAGGCUGCAAGUCGAUCCAGCGGCCAACAGCAGCAGCGGCAGGCGAGGCGAGGAGCGAGCAGGAACGCGAGAGCCACCACUUUUUCUAUCUCUCUCUCCACGUUAACAGCCUUUUUCCGCCUCGUCGCCGAUUGCGCUGCUGAGCGACGCCGGAGGAACCGGUUCGGAGUUCUUGCAGGUUUGUGGAUCGCGGGGCAGAGAGAAGGUCUGGAGGGAUUUCUGCCCCCCUUCUUUUCUACUGCCCACCCCCCGCCAGAAAAAGGAAAGGGGGAAAAAGCUGCAAGACCGCCAGGCGCCUUUUAA